CGAAUGCAGCAGCCGUCACCCCCGGAGCCCGGCGGCGACAGCAGCAGCAGCAGCAGCGCGAGGACGAGACAGCAGCCAGCCGCAGUCGCCGCCGCAGCCGCGGGAGCAAUGCAGACAGCAUCUUGAGAACGCGCUAAAGCACCCCAAACGGUGGACAAUGCCGUGUCACUGCAACUGGGAGGGGGGCAAACCAGAUUUUUUUUGACAUAAAAGCCAGCCAGCCAAAAAUAUAUAAUUUUGUCCUUCACGGAGCCGGUGUGUAAAGAGUGAGCGCUAUUUUCCUUCUCCUCCUCCUCUCCCUCCCCCUCUUCCUCCUCUUUUUCCUCCUCCUCCUCCUCCCUAAGUGUACAGACAGCAUCACAUCACCUGGCUUGCUUCUGAGAAACAGCAAUCUCUCCUUUUCAGGGAUCAGAGACUCAGAGAGAGGAGACGUUCUAAUGGAGUCUGCUUGAUACCCCAAAAUAAAAUAAUAAAUUUUGGCUCUUGUCCCCUCCUCCCACCCCCACCCCCUCAACCCUGUGUGAGAUGUUCGGUUUCUUCUUCAUGAGACAUUGUUGAGAAGUCGCAGUGGUUGGAGAGGCGUAGGGGGUAGACUACCUCCACUCCCCCGACACCCCCCUUUUUUCUCUCUGGGAGGAGGAGGAGGGGAAGGGGGUUUGCAGAGCAAGCGAUGGAUGAGGAAAACAUGACGAAAAGCGAGGAGCAGCAACCUCUGAGUUUGCAAAAAGCCUUACAGCAGUGCGAGUUGGUCCAAAACAUGAUAGACCUGAGCAUCUCCAACCUGGAAGGGCUUAGGACCAAAUGUGCUACCUCCAACGACCUCACACAAAAAGAAAUCCGGACGCUGGAGAGCAAGCUGGUGAAGUACUUCAGCCGGCAGCUGUCCUGCAAAAAGAAGGUGGCCCUGCAGGAACGCAACGCCGAGCUAGACGGCUUCCCGCAGCUCCGGCACUGGUUCCGGAUCGUGGACGUGCGGAAGGAAGUCCUGGAGGAAAUCACCCCCGGCCAGCUGAGUCUGGAGGAUCUCUUGGAGAUGACGGAUGAGCAGGUGUGUGAGACCGUGGAAAAAUACGGGGCCAACCGAGAGGAGUGUGCUCGCCUCAAUGCCUCCCUCUCCUGUCUCCGGAACGUCCACAUGUCGGGAGGCAACCUUUCCAAACAAGACUGGACCAUCCAGUGGCCCACCACGGAGACGGGGAAGGAGAACAAUCCCGUGUGCCCCCCGGAGCCGACCCCCUGGAUCCGCACCCACCUCUCCCAGAGCCCCAGGGUCCAGUCCAAGUGCGUCCAGCACUACUGUCACGCCAGCCCCAGCCCCGGGGCCCCCGUGUACACCCACGUGGACAGGCUCACCGUGGACGCCUACCCGGGCCUGUGCCCGCCCCCGGCCUUGGAGUCGGGCCACCGCUCCCUGCCCCCGUCCCCCGGCCAGCGGCACGCCGUCCGCCACCCGCCGCCGCCACCCCCCGAACCACUCCGUCCACCACCCGCNUCCCGGAAGCUGAUCCACUCUCCCGGGUUCACCGCCCUGCAUCGGAGCAAGUCCCACGAAUUCCAGCUGGGUCACCGCGUAGACGAGGCCCACACGCCCAAAGCCAAGAAGAAAAGCAAGCCCUUGAACCUCAAGAUCCACAGCAGCGUGGGCAGCUGUGAGAACAUCCCCUCCCAGCAGCGCUCCCCGCUGCUGUCCGAGCGCUCCCUACGCUCCUUCUUCGUGGGACAUGCGCCCUUCCUGCCCUCCACCCCUCCCGUCCACACCGAGGCCAACUUCUCCGCAAACACACUGUCAGUACCGCGAUGGUCCCCGCAGAUCCCUCGCAGAGACCUUGGCAACUCCAUCAAGCACAGGUUUUCCACGAAGUACUGGAUGUCUCAGACGUGCACAGUCUGUGGGAAGGGGAUGCUUUUCGGCCUCAAGUGUAAAAACUGCAAGUUAAAGUGCCACAACAAAUGCACCAAAGAAGCCCCACCCUGUCAUCUCCUGAUCAUCCACCGAGGAGAUCCAGCAAGGUUAGUCCGGACAGAGUCCGUCCCGUGUGACAUCAACAACCCUCUACGAAAGCCACCCCGGUAUUCGGACCUGCACAUCAGUCAGACGCUCCCCAAAACCAACAAAAUCAACAAGGACCACAUCCCUGUUCCUUACCAGCCAGACUCUAGCAGCAACCCCUCAUCCACGACGUCGUCCACGCCCUCCUCGCCAGCACCCCCACUCCCUCCCAGCGCCACACCGCCUUCUCCCCUACACCCUUCUCCACAGUGCACAAGGCAGCAGAAGAAUUUCAACCUGCCAGCGUCCCACUACUACAAAUACAGGCAGCAGUUCAUUUUUCCAGAUGUGGUUCCAGUGCCAGAGACACCGACCCGGGCACCCCAGGUCAUCCUGCAUCCAGUGACCUCGAAUCCAAUCUUGGAAGGAAAUCCAUUACUUCAAAUUGAAGUGGAGCCAACCUCAGAGAAUGAAGAGGGCCACGAUGAGGCCGAGGAGUCGGAGGACGACUUUGAGGAGAUGAACCUGUCCCUCCUCUCGGCCCGGAGCUUCCCGCGCAAGGCCAGCCAGACCAGCAUCUUCCUUCAGGAGUGGGACAUCCCCUUCGAGCAGCUGGAGAUCGGCGAGCUCAUCGGGAAGGGCCGCUUCGGGCAGGUGUACCACGGCCGCUGGCACGGUGAGGUGGCCAUCCGGCUGAUCGACAUCGAGCGGGACAACGAGGACCAGCUCAAGGCCUUCAAGCGGGAGGUGAUGGCCUACCGGCAGACGCGCCACGAGAACGUGGUGCUCUUCAUGGGCGCCUGCAUGAGCCCGCCCCACCUGGCCAUCAUCACCAGCCUCUGUAAGGGACGGACACUCUAUUCCGUUGUGAGGGAUGCCAAGAUCGUCUUGGAUGUCAACAAAACGAGGCAGAUUGCCCAAGAAAUUGUGAAGGGCAUGGGCUACCUCCACGCCAAGGGAAUCCUGCACAAGGACCUCAAGUCGAAAAACGUCUUCUAUGACAACGGCAAGGUGGUGAUCACGGACUUCGGGCUCUUCAGCAUUUCUGGGGUGCUGCAGGCUGGCAGGCGCGAUGACAAACUGCGUAUCCAGAACGGCUGGCUGUGCCACCUGGCCCCGGAGAUCAUCCGCCAGCUGUCUCCCGACACAGAGGAGGACAAGCUCCCCUUCUCCAAACACUCAGACGUCUUUGCACUUGGGACAAUCUGGUAUGAGCUCCAUGCCAGGGAGUGGCCUUUCAAGACCCAACCAGCAGAGGCAAUAAUUUGGCAAAUGGGCACAGGCAUGAAACCCAACCUCAGCCAGAUCGGCAUGGGAAAAGAAAUCUCGGACAUUCUUCUCUUCUGCUGGGCUUUUGAACAAGAAGAGAGACCGACCUUCACCAAGCUCAUGGACAUGCUGGAGAAACUGCCAAAGCGAAACCGCCGCCUGUCUCACCCUGGACAUUUCUGGAAAUCUGCAGAGUAA